CGCCCGUCUCCAGUCUCCACGGCGCACAGAGCUCAUCCGCGGCGCGACUGUCUGCCUCCGCCCGUGGCCACCUCCGACGUCCUCCGCGGACAGCCCCACCUCACCUCAGCCAGCCUACCGCCCUCCCCGCGCCCCGGGUCCGCGUGCCGCCGCCUGUCCCCCCCUCCUCGGGCGCACAUCACCGCUCCGGAGCUGACCACCAUGGCGACCAGCGCGAAGCGAAAGCAGGAGGAGACACAUUUGAAGAUGCUGCGGGAGAUGACUAGCCUCCCAGCGAAUCGGAAAUGCUUCGACUGCGACCAGCGCGGCCCGACCUAUGUUAACAUGACAGUGGGCUCCUUCGUCUGCACCACCUGCUCCGGGAUUCUGCGAGGUCUGAACCCCCCUCACAGAGUAAAGUCCAUCUCGAUGACCACCUUCACACAACAGGAAAUCGAGUUCCUACAGAAGCACAGCAAUGAGGUCUGUAAACACAUCUGGUUGGGCCUUUACGAUGACCGGACAUCGGUGGUGCCAGAUUUCCGAGAACCCCAGAAAGUGAAAGAGUUCCUACAGGAAAAAUACGAGAAGAAGAGGUGGUACGUCCCCCCGGACCAGGCGAGGACUGUAGCCACGGUCCAGGCCUCAGUGUCGGGGUCUUCAGCCAGCAGCACCGGCAGCACCCCUGAAGUCCAACCGCUCAAGUCUCUACAACUCAACAAGACCCCCCUACGCCAGUCUCCAGGCCUGAGUCGCGCACAAACCUACAACACGUCUCAAGAGAAGAAGUUUGACCUUCUCUCAGAUCUUGGGGGAGACAUCUUCGCCGCUCCGCCCGCUCAGACUGCCACCUCCAACUUUGCCAACUUUGCACACUUCCCAAGCCAAUCGGCACCUCAGACUCAGUCCAGUAGCAACUUUGCCAACUUUGAGGCUUUUGGAAACACAACUAUCCCAUCUCACCUGAGCACCUCACCCCCCUCACAGUCAUCAGGAGGGGUGCCAAUUCCUUCCAUGUCCAGUGCAGUGCCCGCCCAGUGCCAGCCGGGCAGCUGCUCAGAGGACCGCUACGCUGCUCUGGCAGAACUGGACAAUGAACUCAGCUCCUCGGCUACUUCCAACAGCAACGUGCCGGGGAACAUAUUUGGGCCAGUACUGGGUUCUUCUCCUGCUCAGAAUGCUCCGGUCUUACCCACAAUGCAACCUGGCUUUGGAGCUGUCCCGUCCACAAACCCGUUCGUUGCUGCUGCUGUGGCUCCAGAAAUGGCCACCAACCCGUUCCAGACCAACGGGCGUGCUCCUGUGGCAGCCUCCUUUGGUACUGGCUCUAUGAGCAUGCCCGCCGGCUUCGGGAAUGCCUCGUCCUACUGCCUCCCGACCAGUUUCAGCGGAAACUUCCAGCAACAGUUUCCUGGCCAGGCCCCCAUCCCUUACUCUCAGCCUGCGGGGUACCACCCCCAGUCCAAUGGCCCCGCGUUCCCUGUCUACGGUCAGACCAAGCCCUCCAUGACGCCCUUUGGGCCUCCUAUGGCCGGCCCUGGCAUGACCAAUAACCCCUUUAUGGCAGGGGCCCCAGCCGGGCCCUUCCCUUCAGGAGGCUCUUCCACAAACCCUUUUCUGUAGCACAGUUCCUAACUCCGGCCACCAGAGGGCAGCAUGCAGCACAUAUUCUCCGCACUUGUUCCGUCACACUGCUAGUGGCAGUACAUUUCUAAGACUUCUUGUUCUGCAGAGAAGUUUACAACACUAUGAAGGAGUUCAAGGGACUUUAAAGACUGGGACUGUUAUGAGACGUACUGUUGGAAUAUUAUAUACAAUAUACAUUAUAUGCUUUUUUAUUUCUUGUUUAUUACUGUAAGCUCUGUGCAUAUCAUCAUUUGUAAUCACUAUUAUGUGUUAUGUAACAAGGACUGAGUUAACAAUGGUGAGUAUACAAACACCUUGUGGACAGAAACCACUACUGUGUGCAGAAGAUACGAGGGUAAACGUUUUAGAACUUUAACAGGGUUCAUUCAGAUGAUUGAAUGUGGUUUGGAGUGACCAUGGUGAAGCAGGUAUUUUAUUAAAAGGGACUUUUCUUUUCGUGUUUUAGAUGAGAGCUACAUGAGGUCGAGGUGACAUAGCUUUGGAGGACCAGGACUGAUUUUUAAAAGUAUAAUCCAAUCUUUUGCUUAAAGCAACUUAAGUGGAGUCCUUUUAUAUGAGUCAUGUUGAAUUGAACCAGAGGUUGAGCCUUAGCCAAACAGCUGUAGUGACUAUCACAACAUUGCCAAUGUGUGCAGAAGGUGUUUAAAGAAUACUUAAUGUGAUCUUGUUUUAUGAACAGCCCGUGCCUAUCUGAGCACAAACCAGAUGAACAGAAGUGUCCCAUCAUCUGUCACUGUGUGUCCAGGAUGUCCAAGGAGAAGUGUAACCUGAAGUACAGGAGCAGACUCAUGCAAAGACGGUUUAGUGAAAUACGCCGUUGUUUUAUGGAGUGGGACUUACUGCACUGGUUUGCUUCAAGGCAUUUGGCAAAAGAUGAACUGAACAACUGCCCAAUAUGGGAGAAAGCCAGGGUCUGAUGUGUGCCACCACUGACUAACAAUGAAUUUGUUUCUUGUCUUUGCAAGAAUAGAGUAGUAAAUGUGUACAUAUAUAAAUAUAUGUAUAAAUAAAUUAAAGAUUUUUAACUACCA